UAUGUCAUAAUGUCUAAUCUCUUACUCAGUUUCCACCGAUCAGAAUGGCUGGACGUCUUUCACUUGCGGUUGCUGUGUCCGUGUUGUGCUCCGUGGUGUCCAGUAUGCCUUUACAAAUCACCCAAAGCACGUGCGAGACUCUGCUUCCCCAGGGGCUCACCGGCAACCCGCAGACGGCUGAGGCUCCCUACCUCCUAAUGGUGCCCAAGGAAACGAUUCCGGCCGGCUCACAGAUCAAUGUGAUCUUGACCGGUUUCGACCCCAACGUGAUGUUUGAAGCAUUCUUCAUCGAGGCUUUCAACGCCGAAGGACAGCCCAUCGGGUCUUUCGUCAACGCCCCCAGGACGAUCGUCUGCGGAUCUGCGACUGCAGCUUAUAAAGUAGACAGCGGUCCGAGGGCUGUCGAGAUGAUGACCUGGGAGGCUCCUGUCGACAUGACGGGAACUGUUACCUUCAGGGCUACUGUCGUUAUGAAUGACGAAUUUUACUGGAAUGAUGUGGCUGCUGAGGCGAUGUUGGGCUAAUGAUACCUGGAAAAUUGAAGCAAAAACUCUGAACGGCUAUUCUUUUUGUAUGCUUUCUUUUUUUAUUUCCAUUAUUUUACAUAUUACUUGAGUAACUUCAGUCUUAUUUUUCUAAUCCAUAUCAAUAUAUAAAACAUCAGAUAAAAAAUUAUAGUGUAUUUAUUAUUUAUUGAUAAUAAAAUCUUCAAAUAUU